ACGCGCAUAUUGCGUAGUAAAAGCAGUUGGGAAGUAACUAGAACAUGGAUUGCUGAUAAGGUUUGGGCUGUUUGGAGAAACAACACACCUGUUAUCAUAACGUUGAAUUGUUCUCAAUUACACAGUCAAUACAAUGAUUCUAACUGUAAAACCACUUCAAGGAAAGGAGUGCAAUGUAGAGGUAAGCAUUUAUGAGCAAUAGGAAGACCGGAGCCGGUAGCUAGCUAUGUCAGCUAGCUGCUACUGCUGUUUUCCUGCAUCACGGGCUAACAUUUUAAAGGAAAUGUCUAUUUGUUGUAGCUAGUUACUGAGUGUCUUGAUACAGAGGGUGUUCACAGCAUGUCUGUAACUUGAUUAUUUAGCUACAGGAAAUGAAGCUAGCAACAAAAGCAGAGUCGGCUAGCUAGCUAGCUUUCAUGUUCGUAGCAGUGGCUCUGCGGUUCAGGGCGUUAGUCCUAUCUUAGUAGACCAAACCAGAACUAGGGAAGAGAAUGUGCCUGCUGUAGAUAUGGUCAGUAUGUCAAGAGGAAUUGUUCAGCAAUAGCAAUGUGAUUGAGCUGUCGCUAUUACAUCAAUACUGUCAAGAAUAUUAAAUGUCCGUUUUUUUAUCUGUCACAAUUUCAGGUCACAGAAGAUGAAAAAGUCUCUACGGUGAAAGAACUGGUGUCUGAACGUUUGAAUAUACCUGCAAAUCAGCAGCGAUUGCUUUACAAGGGGAAAGCCCUUGCAGGUACCUAUGAGGCCAACUACUGUAGCUAAUCAUACACAACCUUGCGUUGUCGAUGUACGGCAGCUGUGCAUGAGGAUGUGACAUCACUGAAUCUACCAAGUUACACAUUGACCCGCUGCAUUCUUGAAUAUUCUUUAUAACAUUCAUACCUGUACAUCUAUCACAAAGCCAUACACAUCUUUGUCCAUUUUCCUUACAGAUGAACACAGAUUGAGUGAUUAUUCCAUUGGGCCAGAGGCCAAGUUAAACUUGGUGGUUCGUCCAGCAGGGGAGAGGAGUGGGAUGGCUAGCAGUUGCUGUGCAGUCAGUGGGGUGUGGCAGACUCUGGCCACUGUCCUGGCGAAACACUUCAGCCCUGCAGAUGCAGCUAAAGUGCAAGAACAGUUAAUCAAGGUACAGACAGUAUUUCCAUUAACAAGAGUAGGUAGCUGUUGGUCCAUAUCCAUAGAUCUUAUCAUACUCGCCAACAAAACAACACAUUCAAGAAAUGUACAUUAUUCUGAUUUCAGAGUAUGAGUUACUUUGCAUGCACACCCAUUGAAUGCCUUCAGUUUCUACACUACAUCAAUAAUUACCAAUUAAGUGUGUAAGACUAUCCCUCCACAUACUUUCGCUGAAGUACAGAAUUCACUUAAUGUUCUCAUCUUGAGACUGCAGGUACUACUUUUGUACUGUAUGAAUGAUUUUAUCAUUCUCAGGCUAUCGAUUAACACUGCUUUCUCUUCCACAAGGAUUAUGAACGUUCACUUCGGCAACUCAGUCUGGAUGAUAUUGAGCGCCUGGCCGGGCGACUGCUUCACCCAGACAGUGAGGGCAUGGACACAUCCUACAUGGAUUGAAAGCCUGCCUGUCUGACUUGACGGUAUUCUGGCGAUUCAGAGGAGCAGUGGGUCAAUUUUAAAAGAGCAUGGCAGGGGAGAUGGUGUAAAUGUACUUUCAUGCUGAGAAUCCCUUGUCAGCCUGAUAAAGGUUUAAUUGUACAGGGAUAACAUGAAAUGUUGACUAUAGUGUAGCUGCAAAGCUUUCAGAUCACAGCCUGUCUUAAUGAUUGUUUUCUUUGUUUUCUCCAGACAUUCCUGUACAAUUAAUAGGAUAUUUUCACUUGAUCAAAUCAGACUGAAACGAGAGCCAAUAGCUUUUGACUGUUGGUCUAAAGUUAUCUGUGGCUGCUACGUCACGUUACAAGAGGACACUGAGUAAUUAUGGAAGUUCUUAUUUAUAAGCAAUGUGUUGGAAAUGAAUGAUAGUUUACAGAAAACACUAUCUGUAAGAAGGUGAGUUCUGGUUAAUGUUGAUCAAUGCAGUCAUUGUAUGAUUUGUAUAUAUUGUGUUUAUACAAGCAUUAAAAAAAUUAAGGUUUUGACUGUUUUUACCUUCAUUUCAAGUACUCAAUAGGCUUAGGCGCCUAGCAUAAAAUAAAACACUGAAUAUAGCAUAAUCUACCUCAAAUAGUAUUUAGUCAUAAUUGUACCUUUUUAUUAUAUUUAACCAUUUAUAUUAAGAUAUAGGGACUCUAUUCAACUACUACUUACAACAACCAUAACAAUUUUUAUAUAAAAUUGAUGUGGACGUUCAUAUAGUUGUAUUUAUAUAUAUAUAUUAUACAAAGGUAAAAAAAUAACAUAAGAGGUCAGAUUGCAUGUGUGAGAGAGAGAUGCUGCCUUAUCUAUGAUAGCAGGAUGUGCUUUGGCCUGCAAGUGUAACAUCUUAAACUGGGAAAAGCUAUUUCAACUCCCAUCAAACAAGAUGUCCAGUUUGGAACAAUCAAUAUGAUAACAGGAAUUUGCCUCUGGUGCAUUAUCCAUAUUAGAAAGCAUACACUGCUGAUCAUAUUGGAUUUACUAGUGAUAGCUUUGUUUCCUCUCUCCCCACACACACACACACACAUGAUCACACUUGAGUCCCAUUUGUACAAUUUACAUCAUUUCAGAUCAGCAGCUUAAAACUGUCUACCAUUUCUUCUCCACUGUUCAUGCAAAUAUGCUGUACAU